AUGGCCGUUUCUCCUUGUAUAUUCAGUCUAGUAAGGAAGCCUUUUUUCCGUCUUCCUCCUCUCUCCAUCUUUCAGACUCACCUGUGCGUCUCCUGGGAGUCUGCGACUGGUCUUACUGCUUUUUGGGUGGACGGACGUCGCAGUUUGUACCAAGUCUACAGGAAAGGUUACUCAAUUCGUCCUGGCGGCACCGUCCUGCUCGGACAAGACCCUGAUUCCUAUGUAGGUUCCUUUGAAAUAGAUCAGAGCUUUGUGGGAGAAUUUACAGAUCUGCAAAUGUGGGACUAUGUUCUGUCCAGCACUCAGAUUAAAGCGGUGUACAAUAACCAGGAUAAUCGUGUGAAGGGAAAUGUGUUUGACUGGAACUCCAUCAAAUAUGAUAUAAACAUGGGUCUCGGUGGUAAAACGCUUCUGUUCCCGACCGCUACUGACUCCAGUUAUGUUAAACUCAGUCCUAAAAGACCCCUGAGUCUGUCAGCGUUUACUCUCUGCAUGCGUGUGGCGACGGUGCUGCCGGCCAAAAGGGAGAUUAUCCUGUUCGCCUACCGCACACCUGAAGCUGAUGAGCUCAAUGUGUGGAGAGAGAAAGAUGGCCGUUUCUCCUUGUAUAUUCAGUCUAGUAAGGAUGCAGCGUUUUUCCGUCUUCCUCCUCUCUCCACAUUUAAGACUCACCUGUGCGUCUCCUGGGAGUCUGCGACUGGUCUUACUGCUUUCUGGGAGGACGGACGUCGCAGUGUGUACCAAAUCUACAGGCAAGGUUACUCAAUUCGUCCUGGCGGCACCGUCCUGCUCGGACAAGACCCUGAUUCAUAUGUAGGUUCCUUUGAUGUCGAUCAGAGCUUUGUGGGAGAAACUACAGAUCUGCAAAUGUGGGACUAUGUUCUGUCCAGCACUCAGAUUAAAGCGGUGUACUAUAACCAGGAUAAUCGUGUGAAGGGAAAUGUGUUUGACUGGAACUCCAUCAAAUAUGAUGUUAUUGGAAAUGUGCUUGUGGCUCCAGAUAACUGACUGGAUCAGCUGUAAUGUGCACAGUGUUCAAGAUUAACCAGUUAAUAAAACAAUUCUGAAAACUA